AGGAAUUUAUCAGGAGCUUUUCCAUCAACCCUCAUUUUAAUUUCUAAUUGAACCCCUUUAAUUUCACCUCAUCCCCACAUUCCCAGCACGUUUCCCUUUGGAAUUUGUACCUCUGGAUAUUCCAGGAUGGAUUUUAUUUUUUAGGGAUGAGGGGACACAAAGAUCAAUUUUGUUUUUAUCUUGCAGAUCUCACCAAUAUAUUUGAGUCUUUCCUGCCCCAGCUGCUGGCUUAUCCCAAUCCUAUAGAUCCUCUAAAUGGUGACGCUGCAGCCAUGUACCUCCACCGACCAGAAGAGUACAAACAGAAAAUUAAAGAAUACAUCCAGAAAUAUGCAACAGAAGAAGCACUAAAAGAACAGGAAGAAGGCACCGGGGACAGCUCCUCCGAGAGCUCCAUGUCCGAUUUCUCGGAAGAUGAGGCUCAGGAUAUGGAAUUGUAGUAGAGGAGCCCUCCUGCUUUUCAGAGACACUCUAAUUUCCUAACCAUGAGAAGCAGACUAUAAUAUUCAUAUUUAAACAAAGCAAUUUUUUUUAUUACUAAAACAAGGUUUUUAUGAAUUAUAGCAUUGAUAUAUAUAUAGAUAUAUAUAUAUAUAUCACCCUUUAGAUUUUGAUUUUUUUUUGGUUUUUUUCUCGGUCAUUUUCCCCAUUCCCGAGGUGCGUUAGAGUAUUCCCAACAUUCCAUUCUGGUAGCAAUAUGCAACCUGGAUGCAUGCAUUGAGAUAUUUUUAUUUUAUUUUAUUUUUUUUUUUUUUUCCAUUUUUGGCUACCAAACAGCUGCCCUGGGAGGGAGGGAAUUAACAAAAUAAAAACAACAUUUAAAAAAAAAAACAACAAAAAAACAACAGAAAAAUUCAAAUUAAAAUUAAAUAAAAGAAAGGGAUUUGCUGUCGGAUCGAGGUUUCCACCUGGGAAACUUAAAAACCUUGGGGGCUUUUAGCUGUGAAAGGGGCUCCUCCAAAUUAUAUUUGAAAACAUAAAAAAAAAAUAAGAUUUACCAACAACAACAACAACAAAAAAAAACCCAAAUCCAAAAUCAUGGAGCUCCGGAAAACACCGAAACCAGAAAAAAAAACUCGGAAUUUCUUGCUGUGGACUCCUCCCUGCCCUCCUGAACUUUAGGGAUUGCCAAGCACUGAUGGAUUUCUCUUUUGGAAAAGUUUUGGAUGUUGUUCCCUUUGCUUGGUCUGGAUUAGGAAUCGUUUCCUUUGCUGGGAGGGAAGAACCACCCGGAACCUUCACGGAUCAAAAAUUCUCUUGGAACUGGGAUUAACCCGGAGCACGUGGAAGCAAAACUCUUCCUUCUGUCCCCACUUUGGAACCUGCUGCCCUUAAAUGGCUUGGAGUUGGCUUUAUUAUUAUUAUUAUUAUUAUUACUAUUAUUAUUAUUAUAUUUUUAUUUUUUUUUUCUGUCUUUUUCCCCUCCCUAUUUUGCUGGAAAUCUGAUUUAGACACCUGAAAAACACUCGUUGUGUCCUGGGAAUUCCUCUGACCAGAUGGAUUUGCCUUGCCAGAGCUUCAGAUCCACGGAAUUUGGCCAAAAUCCACGAAUCCAUCGGCGCUGGUUUUGAUUUUCCUUUUUUUUCCCCUUUUUUUUGGGUUUUUUUUGGUGUUUUUUUGGUGUUUUUUGGGUUUUUUUGGGAUUUUUAAGUCUUUUCUUUCCUCCCUUUCUGCACCAGCUCGGUUCCCAUCUGCUUGUGUGUGUACAACAGGAUAAAAAUUCCUUAAAAGUUAACAAAUAUGGAAAAAA